AAUCACCCCCCUAAUUUUCGAGUUGGAUUGCGGGUGAUCUUCAACUCCAAGCAUGUCUUCUUUAUCUUGAUUCUCCCGAGGCUCUUCAUGAUCCCUUGCAGUGUUCUUCGGGCUCCACUUAGCUUGAACAAACACUUGCUCCUUGCGAUCAUUACACGUCCUUCCUUGGUUUUCCCCACACCCCCAAGAACUCCAUCACUCUCACUUUCUCUCUCAUUAACAAAAAAACCAAAUUUAGCACAGUCCUCCUGAGAAACCCAUUCGCCAUUUCCGGCCAAUUCAAGAAACUAAUUGAUUGACCCCCAACACACUCAUGCAUUCAUGAGUUGGGCAUGGGGUGUUUGAUUUCCCAGCUGGCGGCGAAGCUGGCCUUCUUUCCGCCGUCCCCGCCCACGUAUCGCGUCAGGAGGCGAGAGGAAGACGGCCGCCUGGUCGCCGCCUCCGCCUCCGCCGCCACGGCGUCCAUUUCCGAGGACUCCUGUCUGGAUGUGCUCCUUCUGGACACCAAGAGGGGAAACAAGAUCGUAGCUUUUUACCUCAAGAACCCUUACGCCAGGCUCACUUUGCUCUACUCUCAUGGAAAUGCAGCUGAUCUGGGCCAGCUCUAUGAUUUAUUUCUUCAGCUCAAAGCUAAUCUCCGGGUCAACAUUAUGGGAUAUGACUAUUCUGGUUAUGGAGCCUCUACAGGGAAGCCAAGUGAAUUCGAUACAUAUGCUGAUAUAGAGGCAGUUUAUGAGUGCCUUCAAACCGAGUACGGAGUUAGUCAGGAAGAUCUGAUUCUAUAUGGGCAGUCCGUCGGCAGUGGGCCCACGUUGCACUUGGCCGCUCGGCUGCCAAGGCUGAGAGGUGUGGUUCUGCACAGUGGCAUGCUUUCCGGCCUCCGUGUGCUUUGUCAUGUGAAGUUCACUUUUUGUUUUGACAUUUACAAGAAUGUAAACAAGAUGCGUAAGGUGAAAUCCCCCGUGCUUGUAAUACAUGGGACAGAAGAUGAGGUUGUGAAUUGGUUACACGGCGACAGGCUGUGGAAAAUGGCAAGGGAACCAUAUGAGCCGCUGUGGAUCAAAGGAGGAGGGCACUGCAACUUGGAGCUGUACCCAGAUUACAUUCGCCACCUUCGCCACUUCAUUCAAGAAAUGGAGAAUAUGACCACAGAAGUUCGACUAACCAAGAUCCGUCAAUCUCUCUCUCAACCUAAUCCCACUACUACUAGAAGACCUAACACUUUCUGCUGUAAAGUUAAACCGGGUGUCAUGAACUUCCCAAAAUGCGCGUGCUGGUUCAAACCGGGCAGGGGAAAAUGUUCGUGCUGGCGAAUUGGGAGGUGAAUAUGGUGGGAGGUAUAGGUCGGCGUUUCAGUCUGUGUAGAAGUGUGUGUGUAAGUACAUUAGUUUUAUUUGUUUGUUUAUUGUUGAAACACCAUCAUUUGCAUUGGUUGGAUCUCUCAUCAGGUGCUAGGAAUGACUUGAGAUUAAGGCCUUUUUUCAUUCAUAUUUAUUUUAGGACACUUCCAAGAAUACUUCAUGUACUUCAUAGUAAUGGAAUUAGAUGGGACACACAUUGGGUGGUGUUGGACAAAUGUGUUCUCCUAACAAAAUGCAUCUAUUGAU